CCAAAAAAAGAAAUACUAACUCAGAGACGAACCAAUUUGAGUGAUUAACUAGUCAUUAGAAACUACCUCUAACUACUAAAAUAUAAUAAAUAUAGACAUUUCUAAUUGGUCUUAGUGAAUUUCAAUGGAACGCAACAGAAGAUUCAGAUUGGUCCAUGCAGCAUUUUUUUUUGGGUCCAUGCAGCUUUAGACAAAUUGUUUCUUCUUUUUUUUUUUUUACAAACUUCACAACUCUCUCUUCCUUUAAAACCCUUAACCAUUCACCACUUCUCCAUUCACUAGUCUCUUUAUCUCUUACUACGAACAUUCAAAUAUAUAAAAACAUGUUUAUAAGGCUGAUUAGUUUUUUGGUUCUUGCCGGUUUCUACGUAGGUGUUGGGACCGGUCAGCCUCUUGUACCGGCUCUAAUCAUAAUGGGAGAUUCUGUUGUCGAUGCCGGUAAUAACAAUCACCGCACUAUCUUCAUCAAGGCUAAUUUUCCUCCCUACGGACGGGACUUUUUCGCCCACAAUUCCACCGGCCGUUUCUCUAAUGGAAAACUCGUCAUUGACUUUACCGCUGAGAGCCUAGGGUUCACUUCUUACCCAGUGGCGUACCUUAGCCAGGAUGCAAAUGGGACAAACUUAUUAACCGGAGCCAAUUUCGCCUCUGGUGCUUCCGGUUUUGACGACGGAACUUCCUUACUAUACAACGCAAUCACUUUGAACCAACAGCUGAAAAACUACAAAGAGUACAAAAUCAAGGUGACAAAUAUGGUAGGGAGAGAUAGAGCGAACGAGAUAUUCUCAGGAGCCAUUUAUCUUCUUAGCACCGGUUCAAGCGAUUUUCUUCAAAGCUAUUACAUCAACCCGAUCCUUAACCGGAUUUUCACACCUGAUCGAUACUCAGAUCGACUCAUGAAUUUUUAUUCCACCUUUGUCCAAAAUCUGUAUAAUUUAGGAGCUAGAAGGAUUGGAGUGACGACGUUACCACCGUUAGGUUGUUUACCGGCGGCGAUAACGAUGUUUGGUGGAGCUGGGAACAAUACAUGCGUCGAAAGACUAAACAGAGACGCAGUUUCAUUCAAUACCAAACUCAACAACACAUCUAUGUACCUAACCAACAAGCUUCCCGGUCUGAAACUGGUUGUCCUUGACAUUUAUAAUCCUCUAUUGAGCAUGGUCAUGAACCCUGUUGCGAACGGUUUCUUUGAAUCAAGAAGGGCUUGUUGUGGAACUGGAACAAUGGAAACUUCGUUCCUAUGCAAUGCAAGAUCGGUGGGUACAUGCUCGAAUGCUACCAACUACGUGUUUUGGGAUGGUUUUCAUCCAUCUGAAGCAGCUAAUCGUGUUCUUGCAGCUAGUCUUCUUGUCCAAGGAAUAUCUCUCAUUUCCUGAACCUAAAUUAAACGAUUCAAACAACUAAGAUGAUGUAUGAAAAUAUAUUCUAGACCAAUUUACUUGAACUAUAUAUGAUUUCAACAAUUGUCUUAUUUAAUAUUUUCUCUAUAUUUAAAUUAUUGAGUUUUUAGGA